AUGGGCAACCAUGAAACUAUAGCACUGACGAAGGAGUGUAGUGCCAUUAUACAAGAGAAUGUUCUACCUAAGAUGAAAGAUCAAAGAAGUUUUACUAUUCCUUGUUCAAUCGGAGGAGUCCACAAAGGGCAACCCUUAUGCGACUUCAGACCCAGUAUCAAUCAUAUGUCAUUAUCAGUGUACAAUCGAUUGGGUAUAGGAAAGCUUGCACCCAUAAUGGUCACUCUACAAUUGGCUAACCAUUCAUUAGUUCAUCCGAAAGGGAAAUUGGAAGAUGUGUUGGUUAAGAUGGAUAAAUUUAUUCUACCUACCGACUUCAUAUUAGACUACCAAGCUGACAAGAAUGUACCCAUCAUUUUGGAAAGACCUUUUCUAUCCACGGGAAGGAUGCAAUUCGAUAUGGACAAAGAAGAGAUCAUCAUACAGGUGAACGACCAGAAGAUGAAGUUUAAUAUUCUCAAAGCGAUGGAAUAUCCUGAUGAAUCCAACACAUGUCAUGCAAUUGAAUGGAAGAAAGUUGGCCUUAUAUGCUUGAAUUCGAAAUCAAUAAGGUGA